ACAUCUUGUCGUUAUUUUCGCGCGCUUUAACAUCCAUCGAUUUGAUUCAAUUUGAUUCCAUAUAUUUUUUAAGUUUUAAACAGUGUAACUAAAAUCAUAUUCGUACCACACAAAGUUGCAUAUAAAUAUUUGUGAAAACCUUGUUAAUAAACUUGUUAUUCAGGUUAUUAAAGAUACUACAAUGGAUAAGAAGACUUCUUUUAAAGGUCCUCCUCCAAAGAGGUUUAAAUCAGCAGAUGAUGACGACGAAGAAAUGCCAUCUACUUUCGAAGAGCAACUCGCUGUCAUGGAAUGCAAUGAUUUUGAUUCGCAAGGUGUUAUCGGUGAAGGGCCGGAAAAUCAGUCGACUAAUAUAAAAUGGUCGCGGCCUGAUCCGCCGGAUUUAAAAGCUAACAUGGACAAGUUAAUUUUCCAACAAUUAGACAUAGACCAUUACAAUGGGGAACCUAUGAAAGGAAUGCCUGGAUCUCAAAUGGCCCCAGUGCCCAUUAUGAGAAUGUAUGGAGUAACCAUGGAAGGUAAUUCUGUUUGUUGUCAUGUCCAUGGAUAUACACCAUACUUCUAUGUGACAGUGCCCUUGAACUUUGUUGAAUCAUCAUGUAAUGAACUGAAAAGCAAUUUGAACACAGCUAUUUUAGAAGAUUUGCGCUCCAACAAAGAAAAUAUCAAAGAAGCUGUCCUGGAAGUCCGCCUGGUUAAAGCCCGCUCUAUCAUGUACUACAAAGGAGAUGGCGAGAUUACAUUUGCCCGAGUUUCAGUAGCUCUGCCUAAAUUAAUAGCUGCUGCCAAGAGGCUUAUGGAGAGACAACCAACCACAUUUGGCUUAAUGGACCCAUCAUUCUUUGAAACAAAUAUUGAUUUUGAUAUUAGAUUCAUGGUAGACACAUCAGUAGUGGGAUGCAGUUGGAUUGAACUGCCCGUCGGGAAGUGGUCCAAGAGGACAAAAGAUACUAAUGUGAAGCCAGUAUCCAGAUGUCAAAUUGAAGUUGAUGUUGGAUGGAAUGCAUUCAUUGCCCACCAGCCUGAAGGAGAAUGGUCCAAAGUAGCACCAUUUAGGAUAUUGAGCUUUGACAUUGAGUGUGCAGGCAGAAAGGGGGUAUUCCCAGAACCCAAUCAUGACCCUGUCAUUCAAAUAGCAUCAAUGGUUAUCAGGCAAGGUGAAACAGAACCAUUUUUGAGAAAUGUUUUCACACUGAACACAUGUGCUCCUAUUGUCGGGUCUCAAGUACUGAGCUUUCAGUCUGAAUCUGAGAUGUUGGCCAAAUGGUCAGACUUCUUCCGUGAGCUUGAUCCUGAUAUAAUCACUGGAUACAAUAUAAGUAAUUUUGACUGGCCAUAUCUCAUCAAUAGGGCCAAGCAUUUAAAAGUAAGCAAUUUCGAUUACCUAGGAAGAAUUAAAGAUAUCAGAUCUGUCAUAAAGGAUUCUAUCUUGCAAUCGAAGCAAAUGGGCCGCAGGGAAAACAAGUCGAUUAAUUUUGAGGGGCGGGUACCCUUUGACCUGUUACUGGUUCUUGUACGUGAUUACAAGCUUAGAUCUUACACACUAAAUGCCGUGAGCUAUCAUUUCCUGCAAGAACAAAAAGAAGAUGUGCACCACAGCAUUAUCACUGACUUGCAAAAUGAGAAUGAACAGACUCGAAGAAGGCUUGCAAUGUACUGCCUCAAAGAUGCAUACUUACCAUUGAAGUUACUGAAUAAGCUUAUGUGUAUUGUUAAUUAUAUGGAAAUGGCCAGAGUAACUGGGGUGCCACUGUUGUGUUUGCUAACCCGUGGCCAACAAAUAAAAGUAGUCAGCCAAUUGUUGCGAAAAGCUAAAGAUGUUGGAUAUCUCAUGCCUGCAUAUCAUGGACAAGGUUCAGAUGAACAAUUUGAAGGGGCAACAGUUAUUGAACCAAAGAGAGGAUAUUAUGCUGAUCCAAUUUCCACUCUAGAUUUUGCUUCCCUGUAUCCAAGUAUAAUGAUGGCUCACAAUUUAUGUUACACCACAUUGGUGCCUCAAAAUAUGCAAAAGGAGCUAAACUUAAGCUCUGAUGAUGUAACAGUGACACCUAAAAAUAAUGUGUUUGUAAAAUCAACUGUAAGAAAAGGACUACUUCCAGAAAUAUUGGAAUCACUACUUUCUGCACGUAAAAAAGCAAAAGCUGAUUUGAAAGAAGAAAAAGAUCCAUUCAAAAGAUCUGUGUUAGAUGGUAGACAAUUGGCAUUAAAAAUUAGUGCUAAUUCGGUUUACGGAUUCACAGGAGCACAGGUAGGAAAGCUGCCAUGUCUUGAAAUAUCUGGAAGUGUUACAGCAUAUGGCCGAACUAUGAUUGAAUUCACUAAGACUGAGGUUGAGCAGAAGUAUACAAAAAGCAAUGGAUACAAGGAGGAUGCUGUAGUUAUCUAUGGAGACACAGACUCAGUGAUGGUUAAAUUUGGAGUAAAGACUCUAGAAGAAAGUAUGGAACUUGGAAAAGAAGCAGCAGAAUUUGUAAGUUCAAAAUUUGUGAAGCCCAUCAAACUAGAAUUCGAGAAAGUAUACUACCCAUAUCUACUGAUCAACAAAAAACGUUAUGCAGGGCUAUACUUCACUAGACCAGAUAAGUAUGAUAAAAUGGACUGCAAAGGCAUAGAAACUGUAAGAAGGGACAACAGUCCUCUUGUUUCCAAUAUGAUGAGCACUUGUCUCCAGAAGCUCCUCAUAGACCGUGAUCCAGAUGGUGCAGUGAACUUUGCCAAACAGAUAAUCUCAGAUUUACUCUGUAAUCGCAUAGAUAUAUCCCAACUAGUAAUAACUAAAGAACUUACUAAGAAUGAUUAUGCAGCCAAACAGGCCCAUGUUGAAUUAGCAAAUAAAAUGAAGAAACGUGACCCAGGAACUGCACCCAAACUUGGCGACAGAGUGCCAUAUGUCAUCUGUUGUGCAGCUAAGAAUACACCUGCUUACAUGAAGGCUGAAGAUCCUAUAUAUGUGUUAGAGAAUAGUAUUCCCAUUGACUUCAACUACUAUUUGGAGAAUCAGUUGUCUAAACCGCUCCUACGAAUAUUUGAGCCAAUUCUAGGAGAUAAGGCAGAGUCCCUCUUGUUGAAAGGCGAGCACACUAGGACCAAGGCAAUGGUAACAUCAAAAGUGGGGGCACUAGCUGCAUUUACCAAGAAAAGAGAGAAAUGUAUUGGAUGCAAAACUGUAAUGCCUAAUGACUCCAAAAAAGCCCUCUGCGACCAUUGCCUCGGGAAAGAGGGUAACAUAUACAUUACAGAAAUAUUCAAGUUGCGGCAGUUACAGGACAAAUUCUCCCGCCUUUGGACAGAAUGCCAAAGAUGUCAAGGAAGUCUGCACGAGGAAGUGUUGUGCACCAACAGAGAUUGCACCAUCUUUUAUAUGAGAAAGAAAGUAGGAAUGGAACUAGAUUCCCAAGAAAAGACUGUUUUACGAUUUGGAGAGCCUACAUGGUAAAUUAUGUUCAGUAUCAUUCAACCCCAUUAUGUUAUAAGAAUUACGUUGUUUCAUUUAAUGUCAAUAAAAAGAUUGUGUUAUUCUUUA